GUGGGUCACAUACGAAGACAAAGGAUUGAGCGCACUAUUGGAUUCAAUAUCCAGGUCUGUCCCAAAGAGCUUUCCAAGCAUUCUCAAUUCUGAAUGUGUGGGCUAUAGGCGUGGCGAAAGGACAACAAGACAUUUCCAGAGCGAAAGUUUUGAAAGGAUGGAUAUGACCGUCUACAUGCAUUAGAGGAUCACUUUGAGGAUAUGAACAAGUACCACUUGGAUGACCCAAAGCGACUGUUCAACAAACCCAAGGGUAUAGACCCACAAGCUACAGGAGUUGAAGGCACGUUCAAGAAGCUUGAAAUCGAUUGAAGUGACAAUUUCAAUGUUAUGAAUACAGUAGGGGGGCAGGGCCAUUUGGGACCAAACCGAACAAGAUCGAUCCGGAUCGGUCUAGAUUGGUUUGCCGUGUAAACGCGCACGAAUGUGAUCUGGUCUGGUUCGAUGUACGUUCAUCAUUACGAGACUACGUCAUUAUGUAUGACGUCGUGUACGAUUUCCUGGCGAUUGCUCAAGUUUUGCGAAAUGGUUUCUUUUUUACCGGAACCAGAGUCUUUCAAUAGAAAGACUCUGCCAGAACUGAUACCCGUCUGCUUUCGAUAGACCAGACGUCAGUCUUGUUCAACAAUAGGUGAAAGCUUGAUGUUGUCCUUGAUAAAUAAUGGGGGUUGGGUCUAUACCUUGGCGUCGACUUCACCGAGCUAGCCACCUUAGUUGCCAAGUAGAAAAUCGAAAAUGUGUAUAUUUCUAUGAACAUCUCUGUGCACAGGUGUAUCAAGAUUCUGUCAGGCUCUGUUGGCAACCAGAAGAACCAAGAUGGCGACUGCCCAGAGUAAAUUUGAUAUACAUGUACUACGCAAUGAGGAUGAGAAAGUUCAUUUCACUGGUGUGCUCGGUUUGUUACAAUUCCUUAUAUGAUUGUAAUAUUGGGUGUUGAAGUGAAAAAAACUUAAAUAUUAGUUUAUCUCAAAAUUGCCAAAUCAUAAUAUUGUGGAAUAAUAAAAUAGUGAACUAAAAAUCUCAAAUGCAAAGAAGUCUUCCCAUUCACCGACGAAAAAUCUAUAGAAAUACCGGUAAAUUCAACAAAUAGAUAAUGGCUCUUCACCAAGUCCAAAUGAAUGCUUAGAGUAGUCAAAGCAUCAAAGGAACUGCUGUCGUCUGUUUACUUAUUUUUAUUCCAGGUGCUCUUGGCGCUCGAUCAAGAUAACCCCGUUGUUCGGCGAAACUCGUCCUCUCUGAAACCCCCGUCUGAAAUCCCAGUUGGGAAAUUUUCGAAUUUGUGAAGAAAUAUCUUAGCCUUGAUAUAAACUUAUAUUAUAUUAUUUGUUUAUUGUCACCUAUUUAUUUAUACAAAUAGCCAGCCUUAAGGCUUAUGAGACAGUUGUUCGGGCAUACGAGUUGUGAGAUGUUGUCUUAUAUAACGUCAUUAACUUAUAUAAUUAUAUCAUAUUCAUACUGCGAUGUUGAAGGGUUUUGGUCUAAAAUCCCAAAGCGCUGCCAAGGUUUAUGGCCAAUAAAUUGGCUAAAUGCCUGUCUUCCUGGACUUUCUGGAUUCGCGCCAUAGUCUUCCUCAGUCUGGUGUCGCGCGUGCCUUUGGAAGAUCUUUCUGCCUGCAAGAGAAUACAUUGUCCGAAUGGUAUUAUAUGCAAUGUUCGUUCCUGCGAUAGCCACGCUCUGGGCUCAGAAUGGCAUCUAACGAGGAAUAUCAUUGCACCCUCUCAGAGGAGGUCCUAGCAAAAGCAAAGAAGGAACUAAGUGAGGACCCAAAAACUCGCCAGAAGAAAAUAGACCAACUCCGGGCAGAGAUAGCAAAAUAUCCAGGUCUCAAAGCCUGUACGGAUGCAGGCUUCUUAUUACGAUUUCUCCGAGCACGAAAGUUCGAUCUCACUCGAGCUUACGAUCUCCUUGUGAAUUAUUAUGCUGUCCGAAACACCUAUCCAGAACUUUUAAAUGAUCUGAAACCGUCGACUGUCAAGAUGUGCAUUGAGUUGGGGAUCGCCAACAUUUUACGGGGAAGAUGCGGGGAUGGGAGCAGAGUCCUGCUGUUUAGACCAGGUCUUUGGAAUCCCAGGAACACAGAUAUCAAGAUAACCGACAUAUUGCGAAUGAACUUGCUUUCCAUUGAACAACUUCUAAAGGAAGAUGAAGAGGUCCAGAUACACGGCAUUCACUUCUGCGUAGAUGCAUCAGACGUUGGUACAUACCACGCACUUGAGAUUGCUAAAGGCUGGCCUGGGGUUAUGAUCACCAUAUUUCAGGACGCGCUACCCAUGCGCUUGAAAGGACUCCACUACAUCAACGAACCGACCAUCAUGAGUUACAUAUUCUCGUUCAUCAAGCCUUUCCUGAAGGAUAAAGCGAAGAAACGACUUCACUUCCACGGGCACGACUUGGGUGACUUGCAGAAGACGAUACCAAAGAAAAUCCUACCAGAAGCCUAUGGUGGCGAGAAGCCUCCGCUCCCAUAUCAGGAUGGAUAUGACCGUCUACUUGCAUUAGAGGAUUACUUUGAGGAUAUGAACAAGUACCACUUGGAUGACCCAAAGCGACUGUUCAACAAACCCAAGGGUAUAGACCCACAAGCUACAGGAGUUGAAGGCACGUUCAAGAAGCUUGAAAUCGAUUAAAGUGACAAUUUCAAUGUUAUGAAUACAGCAGGGGCAGGGCCAUUUGGGACCAAACCGAACAAGAUCGAUCCGGAUCGGUCUAGAUUGGUUUGCCGUGUAAACGCGCACGAAUGUGAUCUGGUCUGGUUCGAUGUACGUUCAUCAUUACGAGACUAGGUCAUUAUGUAUGACAUCGUGAGUGAUGUGAUGUGAUCUUGUUUGAUUGGGUCUGGUCUGGUCAUAGUCCAUUUCAACGGCCCUUAUUAAUAGUGUAUAUAUAAUGGAUGACGAUGCUUAUGAAAAAGUGGACAUGCAUGUCGUGUAUUUUACAUGUUAUUGUUUGUAAAUAAUCUGAAGAUAUGAUAAUUAAAUAGAGCCUGCUUGUAUUGAUGAUAACAUGCCUCUU